AUGGCCGUUCUCUCCCGAUAUCUGCCCUUCUCCGAGGCAACUACUACGCUGCAAGCAGUGACAUACCUUCUCGGCAUAUCUCUCUUCUCUAUUUCCUUCCUCGUCUUCCUCAACAGCAGCAUAUCCUUCGUUAUUACCGACCUAAUUGGCGUCAAGGAUGGCGUUGGCGACAUUGUCGGCACUCUCGGCUUCGUAGACGAGCUCGUUGCCCUUGUCGCAUGUCCGGUCUGGGGUCUCGUCUCGGAUCGGCUCGGUGUGAGAUGGGUGGCUGUCAUCGGGUAUGCCGUCAUCGGCGCAGCAUUGCUUCUUUUCGUUCAGGCGAAGAAUGUCUACCCGCAGCUACUUCUGGCACGCAUCUUCUUUGCCAUUGGCGCCACAGCGUCCGCCACCAUGGUAACGGCCAUUCUGCCUUCAUUGACGGACGAUGGCGACAAUUCAGACAGCUCCGCUGACGCUGCGAACAAACCGACGCAUAAUCCUCGCAACAGUGUGGCCAUGUCCCUCGAAUCCGACAUGACUAUCACCCCGGCGCGCUUCCAUGGUUUCGGCGGAGACGGACAAACUGCGACAGCGAGUGAGAGAGAGGAGGCAAAGGCUGGAAGGCCUUCGUCAUUGGCGGGCUACGUUGGGCUAUUCACAGGAUGCGGCGCGCUGGUCGCGCUCUCCCUGUUCCUCCCGCUUCCCGCCCGAUUUGGUGAGAUUGACGGCAUCACACCUGCUACGGCUGUCGCCGACAGCUUCUAUGUGGUGGGAAUUGUGGCGUUUGUGAUCUCGGUCUUCGUUUUCUUUGGGUUGAGAAACCUCAAGGGCGAGGAAGGCAAGGGCUGGAGUACUCUAUUGGGUCUGAAGACGAACUCGGACUCGGAAGACGAGUCUGACGACAACAGGGCAGACCACCCAACCCGGCCGAAGGUGCUUCCAUACUUCCGCCUCCUGCGCGACUCCGUAACUCUCGGUUUCACGGAUUCUCAGAUCGCUCUGGGAUACCUGGGCGGCUUUGUGGCUCGCGCAUCCACUGUUGCCAUUUCGCUCUUCAUCCCCCUUUACAUCAACACCUACUAUAUCAGCAACGGCUUCUGCCAGGGCUCCCCGCAUGACCCCUCGCCAGAGCUGAAGAAGGAGUGCCGGGCCGCCUAUCUGCUUUCGUCAAUCCUGACUGGCGUAGCUCAGCUGUUUGGUCUCUUUGCUGCGCCUGCGUUCGGAUAUUUCAACAGAAGACGCGGUCGUGUCAACUACCCCAUUCUCCUUGCCACUGCCUUCGGUAUCGUUGGCUACAUUAUUCUGCCACAGUUGCAGAGCCCGGAAUACAAGAACGUCGACGGCCGAGGCGGCAGCCCUGCCAUUUUCCUAACCGUGAUCCUAAUCGGCAUCAGCCAGAUCGGUGCCAUUGUCUGCAGUCUCGGCUUCCUUGGCCGUGGCGUUCUGACUGCAGAUAUCCCCAAGUCUCAGGUCAUCGACACGGUCGAAGACUCAGCAGAAACCAUGGAGACUUCCCCAGAGUCUGCGCCUCUAUUACAACACAACGCUAGCGUGGAUGCCGUGUCGCGAGUGCGACUCAAGGGCUCCAUCGCCGGCAUGUACUCCUGGUUCGGAGGAGCAGCUAUUUUGCUUCUUACCAAGCUAGGAGGCUACUUAUUCGACGCGGUGUCCAAUGGCGCCCCGUUUUACAUGAUGGCUUCCUUCAAUGCCAUCCUCUUCUUUACCAGUCUGGGCAUUGAUGCUGCUCGUUUUUACAGGGAUAAGCAGUGA